GUUAGCGGCUCCAUAGUAGCAGUUCUAGCGCUGGCUGUGCUGUACGAAUGUGUCAAAGGAUUAAACGUGUAUCUACGAUCACGCAUUAAAAACCAAAGUGGAAGAGCGACUGUGACGAAGAAUAGGAUUUAUUCUGAGGAUAUCAGGUGAGAUUUUCUUUAUUUCAAUCUUCAAGGCGCUUUUUCAGUCAUGCGAUCACUCAGUGCCCUAUGACAAGAAUCAGAGGUCAUUUGUAAAAGAUAUGAAGUGUUUUUGCGAUGUUGAUAAAACACCACAAAUAUUAUUGAACAUCCACAGAACAGACAAAAUUAAAAAAUGGGGCAAGAUUGACGAAAAGUAAACUUUAUUGAAUUUUGAUGUGCAAAAAUCUUUUCAUGAUCCUUAUAUGAUACCAAAGCUUAGCUUUUUCGAACAUGUCCUUUGCCAGCCAAUUUUUGAAGAAAUACGUUUCUUUUUUCCUUCUCAUGAACCAAAAACAUAUAACUUUCAGGUCAGAAGCCUUCACUCGUAUUUUAAAGACGUGUCUUUUUAUGGCAGAGCUAUCUUUCGCUUAUUUCCUGAUGUUGAUCACUAUGACAUGCAACAUAUGGCUGUUCAUCGCAGUUGUGAUUGGUCGAGGGUCGGGUUUUUAUCUUGUUUCACCGCUGAUCAGCUCAUACGUUGGCAGCGAGGAGACUGAUGACUGCAUUGGCAUAUCGAUUAAUUUACUCUCCACAAGACAUCAAAAAUUGUAA